GGACUCCAGGGGAUGUCCUGUCGUUCAGCGAGACACGAGCCCAGUCCCUGAUCAGCCACCGAGCCGAGAACCUGCUCUGCUUCAACCAGAGGCAGCUGUCUCGUAUCUACCCCUCUGCCUACCGCAUCGACUCCUCCAACUUCAACCCCCAGCUCUACUGGAACAUCGGCUGCCAACUGGUGGCUCUGAACUACCAGACGGAGGGAAGGAUGAUGCAGCUGAACCGCUCCAAGUUCCUGGUGAACGGAAACUCAGGCUACGUCCUCAAACCCCCCACCAUGUGCAACGGUGCA